AUGGAUUCGGUGAAAAGAGAUAGUUUAAGGGACAAUGUGAAGCAAGGGGUAAAGUUAAAGAGGUUUAAAUGUAAUUUACCCUUAUUUAUUAUUGAGCUAAACUUAAUGUACAUGAGUGAAAAUGCAGCUCAUCAAGAAGCACUCAAGAAGGAAAUAGAGAGACUGAGGCAAGUGUAUUACCAACAGAACCUAAAUAAGAUGGACAAUGCUACACCACCUCAAUCACAGCCACAAUCAUCUGUCUCCGAUGUCAAGGGUCCAAUGGAGAAGGAACAACUUGUUAACUGA